AUGCCCGUCACUGGCGUCAAGGUGGCCGUGCGCAUUCGACCGCUCAACUCACGGGAGAAGGAUAUGAAGUCCAAGGUGUGCGUGGACACCCCGACAGCAAACAGGGUAGUCAUCUUUGACCCUAAUGGUGAUAAGAAGGCACACACGUUCAUUUACGAUUAUGCGUACUGGUCAUUGGAUGGUCGGUAUGAAAAAGCUACUCAGGACGUUGUCUAUAGAGACCUAGGGGCUAAUAUUCUAAAUAACGCCUUCGAAGGCUACAACUAUACGAUUUUUGCAUAUGGUCAGACAGGCUCUGGGAAAUCAUACACCAUGAUGGGAUCGCUGCAGAAUGAGACCGAAGCUGGCCUAAUUCCUCGAGCCUGCAGGGAGCUAUUUCAACGAAUAGAAGCAUACGAGGAGGCAGAUCCUGCCCACACGACAGAGUUCCAGGUCUCCGUUUCCUACCUCGAAAUUUACAAUGAGAAACUAAAAGAUCUGCUGACCUCAAAGAGUAAGCAGCGUGAGCUAAAGAUCCGGCAGGAUCCCAAGACCGGGGUCUUUGUGCAGGACCUCAGCCACCACGCAGUUCGCAGUGCCUUUGAGAUACAGAGGCUGCUGGACAUAGGCGAUAAAAAUAGAACGGUUGCAUCAACUAAUAUGAAUGCUACCAGCUCCCGCUCUCACUCAGUUUUUACAAUCAUGUUCAAGAAGAUAACUAUUAAACACAAUAGUUCGGGUAAGAUAUGUGGAAAGUCGCAGCUCUCCUCCACCAUAAGUCUUGUCGACCUGGCUGGAUCUGAAAGGCUUGCUUCAACGGGUUCUGUGGGCGCCCAAUUUGUCGAGGGAGUGUCUAUCAACCAAUCUUUAACGACCCUUGGCAUGGUCAUUGAAGGGUUGGCCUACAAUUCCAGCUGUGAGUCGAAGAAGAAGCACAAGUUCAUUCCAUAUAGAGAUUCACAACUCACAUAUCUUCUUCAGGAUGCGCUGGGUGGGAACGCCAUGACCUGCAUGGUUGCUACCAUCUCUCCAGCAAAUAUAAAUUAUGAUGAAUCUAUCUCCACCCUACGGUAUGCAGACAGAGCAAAGCACAUUAAGAAUGUCGUCCAGAAGAACGAGACGGCACAAGAGCGUUACAUUAAAGAACUGGAAGACCGUGUAAAGGAGUUGGAGAAGAUGCUCAUUAAUGGCACGCACCCAGCUAACACCGCCGACGCUGCUGGAUCAACAGAGGGGGAGGCAGACAUACGGGCCAAAAUAGAGGAGUAUGAGCGGCUACUUCAGGUGACGAACAUCAAUUAUGAGAAGCAGCUCGAACAGUCUGCUCGCAUUCAAAAGGAUCUUGAAAAGAGACUAAUUGAGAUGGGAAUAGAGCUCACGUACGGUGCUAAAGUUAAUGUACCGUAUAUCUCAAAUCUGAACGCUGAUUCAGCCAUGUCGCACACGUUGCUAUUUAAAUUGGGGACCACAGAAGAUCUCAUGGCUCACACCGAAGUGACCACUGUUUGUGGCUUCAAAAUGCAGGAUACCAUUCCAAGUACCUACCGAAUCAAGUUGCCGUCUGUUUUGGGGGUUGCCCCGAGCCACUUUAAGGUUCGUAACACAAAUAAGGUAAUAGCUAUGGAUAACCAGCAAGGCUAUUGCCUGUAUCCGAAGAUGAUUGCUGUCUAUGUGAGUGUUCUGGAUAGCAAGUACCCCAUUUUCAUCAACGGAGUAGAGCUCACAGUAGGCACUGAGCGGUUGCUUCAGCACGGGGAUCGAAUCCUCUGUGGGGCUUGUCUGGAAUCCUCCUUCUUCUGCUACAAUGACCCUAUAGCAGUUAAGUAUGCCAAUGACAAGGCGAAAGCAUCAAGCCUUACGUUUGUUCCGCCGGAGAUCACGUGGGACAUGGCUCACGAGGAGUAUAUGAAGCACCAAACAGGUGGAGACGACGUAGAGGAGGAGAACCCGUUGCGCGUCGAGGGAAGCUUUUUAGCAUCUCCACAGACACACCAGGAGGACGGUGCAGAUCUAGGCAAGGUGCCAGAGGCUAGGCGUGGAGCAGAGGAUCAUGCUUCAAAGGAUGACCUCCGUACAGAGGGCGAGAAGAAUGUGCACAGAGCUAUCAAGAAAAUGUACCCGUAUAUCUGCGAGGCCAAUGCGCUUGCAGACUUUUUUGACUAUCAUACUCGUUUUUCUCUGGAGAUCCGCAGUUUAAUUGAGCCAGAUCAGGAAUCCAAUAUGCGCCCCAUCAGGAAGAACGCUAUAGAGGUUGUGGUAACAGAUAUAGAUGAAAAUCCCAACACGGGGGAGGUUUCUGCUAUCAAGCAGACGUGGAGUGUCAAUAAGUUUAUUCAGCGCUUUACAAUUAUGAAAAAUAUGUAUGAACACGCCAUCCAGUGCGACAGCAAGGAGAUUGCCCUUGAGUAUGCACGGGAGCGCUGUAAUAGCGAUGACUACACUGCAGACGAGUUCCCCUUUGACUUUGACGCGGUUGACGAGAUCCGCUUCACUGCUCACCUCAUAGGUACAUGCCGUCUCUGCUUGAAAGAUAUCAUCUUCAAGGAUGUUCACGUUCAAGGUCGUCUCCAGUUCUCGGAUUAUCGUGGACGCCCAAUGUCAGAAGUCGAUUCAGAAGUGGACAGAGCUAUUUCAAAUGCAGAUCACUACGACGACAUUGCGCUGGACGAUGUAUCCAACGUCUCCAUUCGCUUCCACUUUCACAAGGCUUACGGGGUCCCCGUUAUUUACACCAAGAAUGUGCAUGUAGUGGUCCAUUAUCCCUCGUUCAUGGCGAACUCUGAGAGGCCGGAUUGCAGGCUUACAGAGGCCCAGGAAAACACAUUUCGCCGGAAGCUUCUGGCAAACGACUGCGGGAUAGCAUCGAAGCCUAGCGUGGAGAUCAGUAUCAAUCCCCUUCUUGACAGCAUAGUCUACAUAGAUAUACCCGCUAAGUAUUUCGCCGACCCCGCUGUCAAGGAAUGGCUCCUAGACUCUAAGAAUGGGAUUCUUCUAUCCUUGUAUGGAUACAACAGCAACAUUUACGACACAUCAACGCCUGUUUCACACAUUGAAGCUCCUACACCAAUCCAUGAGAUCCCAAUUCAAAAUGACGCCGAUUCAGCCCAAAAAGGGAAGGUAACCAUCAACGCCCGGAAUGUAAUUAAAACGCAGCAGAUGCCCGACAAGGAAGAGGAGGCAGAGGAUGGCUCAAAGAUAAUAGUUCGUCGGCAGAUAUUCUUCAUAGACAUCAAUAAGAGGUAG